AUGGCGCACAUCAAGCGCGCCGCCUCGCCCCCACCAUCGCCCCCGCCCAAGACUGCGCGCACUCGCGCGAGAUCGCCGCCCUCCCCGUCCGCGGGAGGCGCGCCGGCGCCGGCGCCGAUCGUCUGCACGCUCCCGCCGACGUGCCACCCGCCGCGGCGGCCGACGGCGCUCGCGAGCUCGGCGGAGCUCGAGGCGCACUACGCGCGGUUCCACGCGCACGUGUGCGAGCUGCGCGGGUGCGGGUGCGUCUUCCCCGACGCGCGCCUCUUGGAGCUGCACCAGACCGAAUGCCACGACCCGCUCGCGGCGGUGCGCAAGGACCGCGGCGAGAAAAUCUUCGCAUGCCACCUCGCGACGUGCCCGCGCAAGUUCUCGACGCCGAAGACGCGGCGGAUGCACCUCAUCCAGGCGCACGGGUACCCGAAGGAGUACUUCUUCGCCGUCACGAACAAGGGCAUCGGCGGGCUGCUCUCGCGCUGGGGAGGGGGCGCGAGCAUGCUCCGCAAGGCGUGGCAGGCGCGGGAGCCUGCCGGCGAUGCGCACGACCGCGACUCGGACGAUGAUGCGGAGACGCAGGACGAGGACGACGUGCUGGAGAGCAUCGAAGAGGGCGCGGACGCUGGGGCGACGGAGACGGAGGAAGACGACGAUGAAGACGACGACGACGACGAGGUCCUGCUGGAGAAGAUCCACAUCCCGGCGCGCGAGGCUCCGGCGACGGACACCGAGGCACCGGUCGCGACCUCUGCUCCAGCACCCCACUCAGACGAGAAGGGACACAAGUCGCACCCGCGACACAAACCCAGAGACCGGCAGCGGGAGAGCCAGCGGCAGAACAAGGCGCGGAACGCGAAGAGCGGACCGGACACGAGCAUCGAUGCGCUUGCGCAGAGCCUCGACGCGCUCUCGCUUGUGCCGACUUCGGUGCAGUUUGGCAGAGGGGCGCGGAAUCGGACAGUGCCCAACGAGACGUGGAGAGAUGGAGGAAGGGGCGAUGGCCGCGGCACAUCAAUGGAUGUCGACCACCCUCACGGAGGAGCGAACACGUUUGGUCGAGGAAACAUGAGAGCACGUCGGGGGAGAGGUACUGCACAGUUGGGUGUAAGAGGCAUGUCAGGGGUCGCGAUGGGCAUUGGAUGA